GUUGCGAAAACGUUAUUGCACGCGUUAGACGCGAUAAAAAUUCCCAGUAAUAUGACUUCAUAUUUAUUGAAUAUAUACCAGCGAGGUAGUCCCUUAUUUGUUUGCGUACACCUUGCUCUACUUAUCCUUACAUUUUAGGGUUUAUCGUGCAUUAAUGGGCACCAUUUGUGUCUCUUAAUGCGCAUUUCCUGCUGUAUUGUUGAUAUAUUUCUCAAUUUAAAACUAUUUACGGUAAGGAUCUAAUGUUCCAACGGAGUAUUGUCCAGUAAGGGUCCCAUUCCUUCUGCAUACGAAAUAUAUUCUUGUUUAAACGGAACAACAAAAUUUAGAGACAUAUUCUGUAUUGAUAGUCAAUAGACGCCGUAAAUCGUAAGCAGAAGUGUAAUGUUUGAGAGUUGUUUUGUUCAAUUAUCUUUAAGGGCGUGAAGCAAUAGUAAUAUUCGCAAAUCUUCAACUAUUCGGUAGAUUUUAGAGCGUUGAUGUCAAUAUACACGUUACUAUUGAUUCAAAAUGCCUAUUCUUAGUGAAGAAGAUUUGGAACGCUUCCGUACCAAGGUUUGUUCCUUGGCAUCCUCCAUGAGAUGUGACUUUGGGGUGGAAAGAUGUAACUAUUCUCAUAAUCUCUACUGGGCAAGAAGAUGUCCCUUCUAUUUGCGUGAUUCUUCCAUUUUGAGAUAUAUUCCAGCAUGCUGUCCGGAUGUGGAAUUGGGUCCAGGAAGUGCCAUAUUAAAAAAUACAUGUCCUCGCGGAAAUAACUGCGCUUUUGCCCACUCGCUCGAAGAGAUGAACUAUCACCCAUUAGUUUACAAAACAAAAAUGUGUGCCCAGUAUCGAGAGGGUAACUGUAGGACGUAUUACUGCCAUUUGGUACAUGGAUUAGCGGAGUAUCGUGUUCCUCGAGAUUAUGUUUUGCCACGUAAACGUGGGAUAAACAUACCACAGUUCGAGCACGUAACAAUGGUAGAUAAUAUAAGGAAUAGCCAGGGUAAUGUUAAUAGUUGCGGGUAUUUAAGGGAUAAGUCGUUAAAAAUGGAACACGAAUUACGCAAUUCAAUCUUACCAGGGGGGUUGAUGAAUCGUAGCCAACCAAGUCAACAGUUCAACAUGUCGCAACCGCAACUACCUUGCAAUUUCCAAGCGUAUAAUAACGGUCAAGGGGAAAGCAAACCCAAUGCGUACGUAACUCACAAUCCAAGCCACGCCUACUCUGGAUAUCACAAUCCUGCCUCCUUUCAGCGCGGCGUAUUAGCCACAGGAACGAUUUAUAAAAAUGAAUCGUUGAUGGAUUCGAUUGGUUGUGAUGCGUCUAAAGGCGAACCAUGCGAAAAACUGAACACAAUCCACUGGACAGAAGACGUAAUUGAAUCACUUAAUAAAUCCACGGCGAACGAGUUGAAAACGUCAUCUCAGUAUUCAAAUUCAUUCUCAGAAGAUCAUAAAGGUGAAAGUUGCGUAAAAGGAAACAUCGAAAAGGGAAAGCUAGCAAACAAGGUAAAGGACUAUGCGGCGCAGUUGCAGGUUACAAAUAGUGUGGAGGAUCCAAAAGAAGGUAUCAAUGAAGCACCCUCUAGAUGGUACGAUAACAACUCAAACAUGGUAACAGCUUCAGAAGGGCGUACACCAAAGAAUAGUAUCACGAACAUGGAAACAAUGUUCCAAACCCCCAGGGAAGAAUGUGACGCAUUCAAUUCAGCGGCGGCCAAUGAUAACAGCCCAUGCAGUACUAUGUCACAGAUAUAUAACCGAUUUGGGUGCCCUAACGUUGUAAGAAACAUAUCCGGAUGGAAAACAAAUUCACCAAUUCCACGGUCACUUUCAUUGCAAUGUGUCAGUGAAGAAGGUGCAAAUAGCGAGGAUAAUAAUCAUAAAGAUAUCAACAAUAACCUGCUGGAAUACGUAUAUCAUACAGUCUCACAGCAGUGUGAGCUAAUUGCUGGUAAAUGCGUACAAACUCCAAACAAUAAGGCCAAUUUGCAGUCAAUUUGCAAUGAUGCACACAGCUUGUGGCAGUUGCUAUUGAGCAUACAGACCUUGUUGUACGAAAGUGAUAGCAACAGCACGGUGGAUACCGCUGAUCCUUGCCAAGUGAAUCAUUCAGCCGAUAUCGUUGAAAGACAAUGGAGUGAUGUUGACAGCUUUUACUGUGACUUAGUAGACGCCUACGAAUCAGAAAACACUCAUACAAGUACAAUAUGCACCAACGCUACCGAUGAUUCGGUUAAAUGCUUAAGCAAGCACGCGGAAUAAGAUUUUUGAUUUUGCCAAAGACAUUCUAUUGCGAUUUACUAAAGACCUGUGUCAUGUUAAACAGGUCAUUUUAGCCUUCUCCCAGAUGAGUCACCUAUGAUCUACACCUGCGUUGAUGGUACAGGUAUGAUAUAUUUCGCAAAGGUAUAUACGAUACUACCACAUAAUUCCGAUAUUUUCGACUUCUGGCUGAAGUCUAG